UCAGACGCGUAUUGGACUGUGAACUCGGACAAGUUGAUGCUCAAACCUGCAGACACAAUUGGCAGAUGCUCUGUCCAAGGCUGUCCUGAUCAUGACGAGAUGGACACACUAUUGGCUAAGGAGAUGGCUAGCGAGGCGGAGAGAUUCGCUUCAUAUGUUCGCAGCUGGGAAUUUGCCUGGGGCAGAACGUGCGGCUUCUUCAGAGACAUGACGGCGCUGAGUUCCAUGCAGUUUACGCACUACACGCCGGGACAAAAACUCAACAGCGGUCCUGCGUCCGCCACUCAAACCUUGCAGAUCUUCUCCAUCAAGCUCACAGAAAUAGCUGUCGGCCUUAAGUGGCCAUUGUCUGUGUAUGGCUUGGUUGCUGUCCGAGACGUCGCGGAUCACAACCGCAACCUUCUCUUCUCUCGCAAUAGGAGCCAGGCCCAAGAACUGAAAGAAGAUGAUAGGAUUUUGCGGUUGAUCGGCCCAUCACGCGCAAUUGUGUUUACGGAUAGGGUUGACUUUGAAAUCCAACUGAAAGUAAAAGGUACAGGUACAAGUAAGUCUCAAGAUAAAGCAUUGAUCAGCUAUGCGGACUGUUACGACGGAGGAUACGGAUCCUGUGUAUCAACAUUUUCUGUCAGUAACUGUUUCUGCACACUGGAGUUUUGUGUGCAGACAGUCACGCGAACCUUUCAGGCCACUAUCUUGGAUGUCCAGGUUGUCAAAGAUGAUGGUUCAUGGCCUUUUGAAUACGGUGGUCGAUUUUCCUGCUCUCCACUAUCAGGGAAGUUCGUGUUCACUGAUAGUGGAGUCACUCACGCUAUCAAUCACUCAUCUAGCCAAAUUGUGCUGCUUGAUUCAAAAGAUGGAGCAUGGCUGAAACAACCUUGUGGUGGUUACCUACAUAUGUGGAGGCAAGUUGUUUCAGUAGAAAUUGAAGGGCGGUUAGAUGUUUUCAUACAAGCCUACUCCAAAUCUGGCGAUAUCGCUUCACAUGGCGAGGUCCGUUUCAUACCCAAAUCUUGCGGCAUGAGCCAUGGUAAAUGUGCUCUUGGUGGCUCCGAGGUAUCAAUUACUGUUGCUUGGUCCCUUGUUGCUACGGACAAGGGGACGAUUGCAACACAGGGAAAUUUGUUCGAAUGUUGAACCGAGGAGAUUUGUGGCGGGGAACACUGAGAAGAGAGGGCAACCCCAACCAAAUUUUGUUGAAGGAGCGCUGCUAUACAGCCGAUUUUUGCACGAUCCUGCUAAUCGAACCAUGCAUGUGUGGGGCCAAGUGGAGGCCGGCGGCUGGAUCUAGCACCGUGCAAUGUAUCGGCUGCUCAGUAGUUCCGUUGCUGAAGUGUCUCAGUAGUUUUGUACUUCCUCUGUAAACUAAUAUAAGAGCGCUUAGAUAACUAAAGUAGUGAUCUAAACGUUCUUAUAUUAGUUUACGGAGGGAGUACUUGAUCUCCUAUGUGAAGUGUCAAACCGUUUGUGUGUAUCCCCUAUAACUUGUGCAUGUCCAUUGUCUUUUAGGUUAUGUUGUGUGGAGUAUUCCUGUUUUGAUUAACCGGAGGUCAUGUUGUCCUAUUUCCUGUUGUGUAAAUAUUCUCUUUGCCGUUUUCGCUAGUUUUUUAUUCCGUGGAAUUGCUAGACGUCAUGCAAGAGUAACUAAUUAACGAGCGCU